AUGGCAAGCGCUCUCCCAGACAUGAUUCUCGAGGCCGAGGGGUCUGCGGAGAUUCCCAUCGAGCAUUCCGAAGCUAUUCCCAUCGACUCUCCUGCAAAACUUAAAGGUCGAGCCAAGCUUCUGCGGGGUCUGCAGCGAAUCUCGUCGUCUCCCUCAUUGGCACAGCUGGGUCGGAGGAGAGCGAGCAGCAAUCCAUAUGGUGGCAGAGGCACAUUGUCGUGUGUCAGCUUGGCUGGCGGCAACUCUCCCCGAAACUAUGGGGACUCAUACUCUUCGCAAGGGUCUGGAGGCGGAUUCUCGACUGCUCCAACGUCUAUACCGAAUUCUCCUUUCGUCGAUACGCCAGGUUUCGAUGGUUCAUAUGGUCGAAUUGCUAUUCGAAGGGUUGAACACGGCUCAAUAUCUCCAGGCACCUCGACUCCAACAAGUGGGCUACCACUUGAGCUCAGACCUCCGUCGAAAGGAGGAAUAAUUCCAUUCCCGACACAUUCUGCAAUUCCAGAGAUCAUGGAAGACUAUUUCUCGUUGCCAAUUGCUCCAGUAAAACCAGUUAGAAGAGCCAAUUUCGAUUUUUGGGGGGAAAUGCCUCACGAGAUCAAGCUCUCGAUCUUCUCAUAUCUAACUCCGAAGGGAUUAGUACGUGCCUCGGGUGUGUGCAAGAAUUUCUACAAGACCUGCUUCGAUGGGCAGCUUUGGACAUGUUUUGAUGCCUCGGAGUUCUACAAAGACAUCCCGGCCGAAUCCCUGGCGAAGAUAAUCGUGGCAGCGGGCCCUUUUGUGAAAGACCUUAAUCUGCGAGGAUGUGUCCAGGUCGAGCAUUACAAGCGGGCAGAAGUGGUUGUGAAGGCAUGCCGGAACUUGAUCAACGCCACCCUCGAGGGAUGCCGGAACUUCCAACGUCCAAUCUUGCACAACCUGCUCAAAUCCAACGAAAGACUCAUCAACCUGAAUCUUACUGGGUUGACAGCAGUCACCAAUGGAACUUGCAAGAUCAUUGCCUCUUCCUGUCCUUCAUUGGAGAUGUUCAAUGUAUCCUGGUGUACUCAUAUGGAUGCUCGCGGCGUUAGAACCGUCGUUCUUGGUUGUCCUAAGCUGAGAGAUCUUCGAGCGGGCGAGAUCAGGGGCUUCAACAAUCUUGAACUUGCUCAGGACAUCUUUGAAACCAACAAUCUUGAAAGGCUAGUUCUUAGUGGCUGUGCUGAUAUUACCGAUCAAGCUCUUCAGACUAUGAUUGCUGGCCAAGAUCCCGAGUUGGACAUCCUCACAGACAUUCCGCUGGUACCAACCCGCAAGCUCCGUCACAUUGACCUCAGUCGCUGCACUCGCCUCACGAGUGUUGGUGUCAAGACACUUGCACAUCUCGUUCCUGAACUUCAAGGUCUUUCACUUAGUGGUUGCACGGCACUCACUGACAGCGCUCUCUCCGACCUCCUAGCAACCACGCCUCACCUUACGCACCUCGACCUCGAAGAACUUGCUGAGCUCACCAACGACUUGCUCUCUGAACAUCUAGCUAAAUCUCCUUGCGCUCCACACCUUGAGCAUCUCUCUAUCAGCUACUGUGAGAAUCUUGGCGAUACAGGGAUGCUCCCAGUCAUUCGUGCUUGCACCGGCCUUCAGAGCGCCGACUUGGACAACACAAAGAUCAGUGAUCUCGCCCUGGUCGAAGCUGCAUCCAUGAUCCGAGCCCGCUCUUCACGUACGACAUGUGCGAAGUCACGACCUCGCAUCGGUCUCCAACUGGUUGUAUUCGACUGCCAAAAUGUGACGUGGACCGGUAUCCGCGAAGUCAUGUCCCGCAACUCUGAAGUCAAGAAGCCGACUGGAGCUCAGGUUGGAGUUACAUACCCGACCGAAAUCAUUGCAUUGAAAUGCUUUUAUGGCUGGCAAGGGACCCAUGACGAGCAUAUGAAGCGAGUCUUGGAGGGUGACCUACCUGCAGCAGGCAGGCUGGAGAGGAGGUGGGCUGAGUAUAUGAUGGCGAACGAGGAGGCUGGCGCUGGUGGUGCUGGGUUGAGAAGACGGAGGAGGAGAGCGAGAGAGGCGCAGAUGAUGCAUGCUGACGAGGAGGAAGGUGGUGUUGGCAUGGGUGGUAUUGGACGCAGGAGGAGAGCGAGGAGCAACGGGUGCCAGAUUAUGUGA